CAAAUUCACUUGAAUACGAAAGUACCUAGGCAAAAGUAGUAGAAAAGUUAGCAUAAUGAAUGUCGAAAAUGAAAGCUUAGGGACUUACAUGUCAAAGGAGUCUUCCUUUGAAAAAGCAUUGGCAUCUUCAACAUUUAGUGCUCCUGCACCCAUCCAAGUGAUAAGCGAAUUCGGUGACGGCGAUUGUGGAGAGCCCCUCGAGGCUCAUUACAUCCGCCUGGACUUCACCCCAACGGAUGAUGAUGAUGAGCGUUCCCAGAAGAAAUGCUGCGACUUCUGGAAGUACAUUGAGAGUAGAAGCGAUUUGCGAGGAAUGAUGGUGAUGCCGGAAAAAGAGAAAACUUCCAAAAGUACUGACACAGUCUCUUUGCCCAAACCUACCGUAAUGGAGAGCGUGUCGAAGCCAAAGACAGCCGUUUCAAUGCUUCAAAUAGUCGAAGAGAAAGGUUUAAUAGAUCGAGCUUUCGAAGUGAAGAUGCAACAAUCGCGAUGCAGUCUAGGUUCACAUGAAUAUGAACUGACCCCAAAGCCUAAACAAACAAAGUGUAUUUGUCUUUCUCCCUGCGUGAAGUGCCCAAACGCUUCCUCUGCCGCCCGUGAGCUGUGCGUAGAACUGGAUGCUUGGGAUGUUAACCACCCGAAGUCAAUGGAGCCACCGGGUCAUCCCCCUUCUGUUUGACAAAAAUGUUAAACUGAGUAUCCUGAAUAUUAUAACUAACAAAGUACGACAUGUAUUUCUACUCUAGCUUAUCUGGACUUGUUGUAU